AUGCGUUCGUUCGCGGUCAUUGCUGCGGCUCUGCCGUUGAUACAGGCCAUUGAGCCCCCAAGGUUCCCGCAUCAGCCACUCGGAAGCAGCAACUCCACCACUCGUCUGAACUACAACAUCACCACAGACGCUCCUGGGCGAUUGACUGCUUCUACAAGGGCCUUUAGCUGGGUUAGCACGGGUGCAGACGGUGACUACAUUUACACUGGCACCGAUGGCUCGUUCUUGUUCGAGAACGUUGCAACUGGCGAGUCAUCGACGUUUCUGUCUGCCGAGAAGGUUCCGGCUGAUUACUGGGACUACUUCAUCUCUGGCGAUGCUAGCCACGUGCUAUGGGCAGUGAACUACACCAAGGAAUACAGGCAUUCAUACUACGCCGACUACCUUGUCCAGAACGUUGAGACUGGGGAAACAAUCUCGCUUGAUCCCGAGUCGAACGGCACUAUUCAGUAUGCUGAGUGGAGCCCUGUCUCCUCGUCCCAAAUUGCCUUCGUCAAGGGCAACAACCUCUACAUCUGGAACGACGGUAACGUCACUCAAAUCACCGAGAAUGGCGGACCGGAUUGGUUCAAUGCCAUACCUGACUGGGUGUACGAGGAAGAGAUCUUUGGUGACCGCUAUGCUCUGUGGUACAGCCCUGACGGCGAGAAGAUCGCCUUUUUGAGCUUCAAUGAGACCGGCGUCGGUACUUUCCGCAUCCCCUACUACAUGGACGAUGCCGAAGUUGCCCCUGUCUACGCUCGCGAGCUGGAGCUGCGCUACCCUAAGGUCGGCACCAAGAACCCCACUGUUGGCUUCCACCUGCUUGAUGUGGCAUCUGGUGAAGUGGAGACUGUUGCCAUUGAUGCCUUCCCCGAGGAUGACCUUGUCAUUGGAGAAGUUAACUGGCUCACCGACGCGCACAGCAAGGUCAUCUACCGUGCCUUCAACCGUGUGCAGGAUCUCGAGAAGUACGUCGUUGUCGAUGUCGAGGCGGGCACUUCCUCUGUUGUUCGUGAGCGCGACGGUACCGAUGGCUGGCUCGAGAAUCUGAUUGCCACUCGAUACCUCGGCGCUGUCCAGACUGCCAACGCUUCUUACGGAAAUGCCACUGAGUACUACCUCGACCUUUCUGACGAAAGCGGUUGGAACCACAUCUAUCUCUUUCCUGUCGACGGCGGCGAGCCUAUCGCUCUCACCUCGGGCGAGUUCGAGGUGCUUUCUAUCUUGAAGAUCGACGCCAAGCGCGGUCUCGUCUACUACACUUCCACCGAGCACCACAGCACAGAGUCGCACGUCUACUCUGUCAACUUCAAGACCGGUGACAAGAAAGCCCUCGUUGACGACAGCGUCUCAGCUUUCUGGACGGCCUCUUUCUCCUCUGGUGGUUCUUACUACGUCCUCCGCUACGCUGGACCCGAUGUUCCGUACCAGGAGCUCUACUCGAUCAACUCGACCGCUCCCGUCCGCACCAUUGUUGACAACAAGGCCCUGUACGACAACCUCACCACCUAUAACUUGCCCAACAUCACCUACCUAGACCUCGAGCACCCGUCUGGCUUCACUCUUGACGCUAUGCUUCGUUUACCCCCCAACUUCGAUCCCAGCAAGAAGUAUCCUCUUCUUCUCAUUCCUUACGGUGGUCCCAACGCCAAGGAGGUAUACAAGCAAUUCAGCCCUCUUAACUGGAAGGCUUACGUUGCGUCUGACCCUGAGUUGGAGUACAUUACCCUGACUGUUGACAACCGGGGCACAGGUCGCAAGGGUCGUGAGUUCCGCUCCACGGUGACCAAGAAUCUCGGAGACCUCGAAGCGCAGGACCAGAUCUGGGCUGCCAAGGAGCUGGCGAAGAAGUCGUGGGUGGACAGCGAGCACAUCGGUAUCUUCGGCUGGUCGUACGGCGGUUACCUUUCGUCAAAGGUCGUUGAGGUCGGCGACGACAUCAUCUCCUUCGCUCUCAUCACUGCGCCUGUCAGCGACUGGCGCUUCUACGACUCCAUCUAUACUGAGCGCUACAUGAAGCUUCCCGAGGACAACGUAGAGGGCUACAACAAAUCCCGCGUGCACGACGCCACCGGCUUCCAGAAGAUCGCCGGUGGUGUUGUCAUCCAGCACGGUACGGGUGACGAUAACGUGCACUUCCAGAACUCGGCUGCCCUUGUCGAUUUGCUGAUGGGUGCUCGCGUGACCCCGGAGAAGAUGCAGAACACCUUCUUCACGGACAGCGACCACAGCAUCGUGUACAACAACGGUGGCAAGUUCUUGUACAGACAGUUGACCAAGAAGAUGUAUGAGGAGAAGCACAGGGAGGGCGACUCCAAGGGUAGCCACCAGUGGAGCAAGAAGGAUCUACAGAGGAGGUGGAUUGGGUGA